UGUUUUCUUCCACACACUCGACGAUGGCACCGUUAAAACGCAAACGCGCCCUUCCUGCUGCGGAGGACUCCGACUCUGAUUCGGGAUACUCUGUCGUCGCUGCGCAGGAUGACGAGGAUGACUCGAUGGACAUCUCGUCCGCCCUCGUGGGCAAGAAACCGCGGCUGGAGGAGGACGAGGGGAACGACGACGAUCUGCAAGAAUUCAUCCAGACUUCCAUCGCGAAGCGCAAUAUCAAGGGAGGCACUGAGGUGGUGAAGAAGGUGAAGGGGAAGUCGAAGAUUACGAAGGGGGAAGUAGGAGGAGGAAGCUUCCAAAGCAUGGGUCUGCAUCCGUCGCUUUUGCGAUCCUUGACCUUGCAAGGCUUCCGGAUACCCACACCCAUCCAACGUCUGUCUAUCCCUGCCCUCCUUGCCAACCCUCCGCGCGACCUAGUUGGUAUGGCACGCACGGGUUCAGGCAAAACCCUCGGCUACAUGAUUCCCCUCGUUCAACGCCUUGGCGGACGUCACUCUACGACAUUUGGUGCUCGCGCACUCAUUCUCAUUCCCACUCGUGAACUGGCCCUACAAAUCCUACGGGUCGGUAAAGAGCUCGCACGCGGCUGGCAUUCCUGCCAGGGAGAUCACGCUGGCGAUUCAAAGACCGAAGAGACGUCGAAGGGGCAGAGCUUGCGAUGGGGUCUCAUUGUAGGAGGCGAGGGAAUGGACGAGCAAUUCGAGAUGAUGACGAACAACCCUGAUGUCAUCAUCGCUACCCCUGGCCGCCUUCUGCACCUCAUCGUCGAGAUGAAUUUGGACCUCAAGUCUGUCCAAUAUGUCGUCUUCGACGAGGCUGACCGACUAUUCGAGAUGGGUUUCGAGACGGCUCUCAACGAAAUUCUCCACCGCCUUCCGACUUCGCGUCAAACCCUCCUUUUCUCCGCUACCUUGCCGAAAUCACUCGUCGAGUUUGCCAAGGCCGGUCUGCAGGACCCGAAGCUCAUCCGACUGGACGCAGAAAGCAAGAUCAGCUCCGACCUGAAGAUGGCUUUCUUUUCCGUCAAGGCGGCCGAGAAGGAGGCAUGCCUGCUUGAGCUUCUGCGCGACGUUAUCAAGGUACCGCUGGGGAAAGUCAACGCGGAAGAGGACGAGGAGGGUGCUACGAAGUCGAAGGGCAAGGGGAAGGCGAAGCGCGGAGAGAUCUUUACUGCCCCGCACCAGACGCUCAUCUUCGCCGCUACAAAGCACCACGUCGAGUAUCUCACCACCUUGCUUUCGACGGCCGGCUACGCUGUCUCGCAUAUCUACGGUUCUCUCGACCAGACCGCGCGCUCGCAGCAGAUGGAGAGAUUCCGCCGCGGCAUCACGACCAUCCUCGUCGUCACCGACGUCGCCGCCCGCGGUAUCGAUAUCCCCGUCCUCGAGAACGUCGUCAACUACGAUUUCCCGCAAGGCGCCCGCGUCUUCGUCCACCGCGUCGGUCGCACAGCACGCGCCGGCCGCCAAGGCUGGGCCUGGUCCUUCGUCACCAACACCGAGCUUCCCUACCUCCUCGACCUCCAGCUCUUCCUCGGCCGCCCGCUCCGCCCGGACGCCCCGCCGGGCGGUGACGAGGUCUUCGCCGAGAACCUCAUCCUCGGCACCUUCCGGCGCGAGUCCAUCGACGAGGACAUGGAGUACAUCGUCUCCCUCCACGACACCGAGCACUCGCUCGCGAUGCAGAAGCAGGUCAUGCAGCGCGGCCAGCGCAUGUACGAGCGCAGCCAGGGCAAGGCCUCGCCGCCGAGCUACAAGCGCGCGAAGGACAUCCUGCGCGAUCCGAAGUGGAUGCUGACGGGCACGCAGACGGGGGUGCAUCCGGUGUUGUUGAGGGGGGAGGGCGAGGUGGAGAAGCGGCAGACGGAGGAGGCGAGGAAGGCGAUUUUGCAGGCUGUGAGCACGUUUAGGCCGGCGGAGACGGUGUUUGAGGUGGGGUCGAAGAACAACAGCGAGACGGCGGCGCUUAUGAAGGCGCGACGGACUGCGUUGGGUAAGUCGAGGCAGCGGGCGGAAGCGGCAGCUUUGUCUGCGUCUGCGAUCGCGCCUGUAGACGAGGAAGAGGAGGUCUCGAGUGGCCGCAAGGAAGUCGAAAUGGCCGACGAGGAGGAUAUCGCUCGCGUCUUCGACACCGGCAAGCAACAAGGCUUCCGCGACAAUGACUUCUACUUGUCCUAUCAGCAAAAGGAUGCCAUCGCCGAAGCAGGCUAUUCCCUCUCCAAUGGCCAAUCUUUUGUCGAGCAAGCACGCGGCGCCCAGUUCGAUCUCACCGGCGACGAAAACCUCCUCGACAAGCAGCGCAAGCAGAUGCACUGGGACAAGAAGAAGAAGCGCUUCGUGCAGGGCGACGGCGUCGGCGCGGACAACGUCAAACUCGUGCGCACAGAGAGCGGCCAGCGCCUGCCCGCCACCUACCGCAGCGGCCGCUUCGACGAGUGGAAGCAGCGCAGCCACGCGAGCCUGCCCAAGGUCGGCGAGCAGGAGAGCGAGUCGGUGAACCGCGGGCGCCCGGGGCAGCGCUUCAAGCACAACAAGGUCGCGACAUCGACGAAGCCGCUGGACAAGCUGCGCACGGACUACGAGCGCAAGGUGCGGCAGAUGAAGAAAAAGAACGAGGCGGCUGGGGAGGACGAGGCGGGGCCGUCGAAGUUUGGCGCGUCGUCGGGGAAGCCGGGGGCGAAGGGCGGGAAGAUCAAGAAGGGGGCAAGGUUCGCGGGGAAGACGAUGGGGAGGGCGAAGAACGAGCUCAAGACGGUGGAUCAGAUUCGCAAGUCGAGGAAAAUUCAGGAGAAGCGCAAGGCGAAGAAUGCGCGGCCUCCGGCUCGCAAGGGGCGCAGAUGAGCGCAAUUGCAUGUAUGUUGUGGAUAGGUUCUGUUGUGUGUGCUUGCGCAAUUAUCCGCUCUCUGCCUUGCGUGCCCAAGCUGCCGAUAGUAAUCCUCAAAUGUCAUUUGAUCGAUCUAUUUGACGUGAAGUACAGGGUAUGUACGAAGAUAGUCUGCUCUAAGGCCAUGGCGAAACCCGCGACGGCGAGCACUCAUGAAAAAUUCGACUGUAUGCCAGCCCUUGCAGAGGCAUGCGUUCCAACGCGUCCUCGAGCCUAUGUAAGGUCAAGAAACCUAAGGCCAAGAUACCCAGUACAGGGUACACUGUUCCUUCCUCAACCAGUCGAAUCUCCCCGUUGCCGCUGCGUUUACCCACCGACCCGGACUGUAUAGGGUUUAUACAUUGCCGAGCUGGGCGUGAGGAGGUGCACCCAUGCGUUGAUGGGCACCAACGCGCUCCUGGUGGCCGGACCACCGGACUCCCUCUGGGGCUGGGACCAGAGGG